AUGGCGGGCGGCUUUGGGACGCCGGCACACGGAGGUGGCGGAGACUUUGAGGCAAAGAUCACGCUGGUUGUGGUCAUUUCUUGUAUAUUGGCUGCUAGUGGGGGCCUCAUGUUUGGUUAUGAUAUUGGUAUUUCGGGGGGCGUUACAGCCAUGCCUCCCUUCCUGAAGAAAUUUUUUCCGGUUGUCUAUAAGAAGACCCAGGAGAAAGGAAAUGAGAGCAAUUACUGCAAAUACGACAAUCAAGGCCUGCAGUUGUUCACAUCUUCACUGUACCUCGCUGCUUUAACAGCAACAUUUGCUGCAUCGCACACAACAAGAACGCUAGGCCGAAAAGCAACCAUGUUGAUUGCUGGAAUUUUCUUCAUACUCGGAACUAUUUUCAAUGCUGCAGCUGUGAACCUUCUCAUGCUUAUUAUUGGGAGGAUCUUACUUGGUUGUGGAGUUGGUUUUGCUAAUCAGGCGGUGCCGCUGUUCCUUUCUGAGAUUGCACCUACAAGAAUUCGUGGAGCACUCAACAUUCUCUUCCAGCUCAAUACCACCAUUGGCAUUCUUUUUGCGAACCUUGUCAAUUAUGGCACUGCCAAAAUUUCAGGGGGGUGGGGAUGGAGGCUAUCUUUGGGAUUGGCCGGCGUUCCUGCAGUUAUGCUGACCUUGGGGUCUCUUAUUGUGAUAGACACUCCUAACAGUUUGAUUGCACGCGGUAAGUUGGAGGAAGGAAAAGCAGCUCUUAAAAAGAUUCGAGGUGUUAGCAAUGUUGAGCCAGAAUACUUGGAGAUUGUGGAGGCAAGUCGUGUGGCUUCUGAAGUGAAGCAUCCCAUGAGAAAUCUUCUUAAGCGCCGGAACAGACCUCAACUGGUCAUUGCAGUUUGUAUGCAGAUCUUCCAGCAAUUCACUGGCAUUAACGCAAUCAUGUUUUAUGCUCCAGUUUUGUUCAACACCGUAGGAUUCAAAAGCGAUGCUUCCCUUUACUCUGCUGUUAUAACAGGAGCCGUCAAUGUCCUCGCCACCUUAGUAUCAAUCUACUCGGUGGACAGACUUGGUCGCCGCAUCCUCUUGCUACAAGCCGGUUUCCAGAUGUUCUUCUCUCAAAUGGUGGUUGCAGUUGUUCUUGGCCUCAGAGUUAAGGACUAUUCUGAAAGCCUCACUAAGGGCUUGGCAUUACUUGUGGUGGUGAUGGUGUGCACAUUUGUGUCAGCCUUUGCAUGGUCUUGGGGGCCUCUCGGUUGGUUGAUCCCUAGUGAGACUUUCCCACUUGAGACUCGUUCAGCCGGCCAGAGUGUUGCCGUCUGUGUUAACAUGGUCUUCACAUUUGUUAUAGCACAGUCCUUCAUAUCAAUGCUUUGUCACUUCAAGUUUGGCAUCUUCAUAUUUUUCUCAGGUUGGGUCUUGGUCAUGUCAGCCUUUGUGCUGAUGUAUCUUCCUGAAACCAAGAAUGUCCCUAUUGAAGAGAUGACAGACAGAGUCUGGAGGCGACAUUGGUAUUGGAGGAGAUUUGUGGAUGAUGAUGAAAACGGGGCAUUAGAACUUAGCGGAAGGCUAACCCAUUGCCAGCGGUAACAAUCAGCGAGCAGCUCCAGCGGCACCGCUCACCUGCGUCAGCGGCAAAAGCCAGCGGACAACUUCCAACCACCAGCUGCUAGCAAGCUAAACCUCCUCCGAUACCGCUGAACAAUCUCUGCUACUCCGCUAGGCACCACGGCACCUCCGCUGCGCUUCACCGCUGGCCGAGGCUCCACGAGCAAAUUCCAGUCCGGUCUGGAUUUCCGCUGCGUCUCCGCUGCGCACCAACUCCACUACUGUACACCGUUAGCGAGCCAAACCUCCGCUGAACCUUGCCUCCGCUGGGCUUCACACCUCCGCCGAGCUUUGGGCCUCCGUCGAGCUCUACAUCCCCGCUGACCUCCAAGUCUCUGGACACCCAGAAGGCUCUACGAAGGCUCUAAGCAGUCUCUCGACCCAGCCGCAACUAGUUUUCAAAUCUUCCAGGCACUUAACCUCGCUUUAAUGGCAGAGCAAACUCCUCUUGCUGCAUACACGGCCCUCUGGUGUUUCAUCUCAAAUUGAAAACUAUGCAGCUUACCAUUGGGUAGAGCUUGCACACCAACUGUUCGAUGUUUUGCCCCAGAGAGACUGACCGCCAUUUGUGGUUCUGGAGCAGAUCAGUGGUAUCGGGUUUGUGUCGUCUUCAACUUAUUUGGGACACUUAGCAUGUCUACCACAACCUGCCAUCAAAGAUAAGUCAUCCUAUCAUUAGUGCAAUUGAAAUUUCAAAGCAUGUUUUGUCCAUCUUGGUGGCCGCUUUAUUUUUACGACAUGUGUUUGAGGCAUGACCAUGACUUGCAUGUCUAAAUGAAUGUCUGCUAGCUAGCCACAUGUCUCAGCAAUUGGUCUUACUUGCUGACUUGCGGUGUCUAUAAACUUCUCUACUUCAUGUACAUAUAUGCCCUGAUAAAAUUCUAUUAUCUCAAUUGCAUAAUUAGCUGGCAACAUUACAUACUCCCACCGCACACUACUACUAAGCUUUGUGCACAUUUAACUCAUCAUUGAUAAUUCAAUGAUACCUGUUUGUGUUAAGAAUAUGCAAAUACAUUUGCCUCAGUCAUUCCAGGCUUACCUCGAACACCGCAACCCGACCAUCUAGCUACUUAGCUACACAUGGAUAUACUACUCCUUUUGCAAACUUGCAUGUACACGUCUAAUUGGUGUUUGGCCUAUUUCCCUCAAUCAUUAUCAAAAUUGACGUUGAACUUACAUGCCUUGAUCUUACAAAUUAGAUUUUUAAUUUGUGUUGCAUAUGCUACUUGAUUAUAUGCUCUGAAAGGGUAUUACAUGAUCAAUCGAUAUGGGUCAUGCCUCAUAUAAAUCAUCAAUUACAAUGGCUGCAUAUAUACAUAGUUUGAUGCCUAUUAAGUAUGAUACAAGCCAGUGGGCACAUAUUUGAAGUUGAUUGGCUAUAUUUCAUUGUCAAAUGAAAACUCAA